AUGACGAAGAAACUUGAAGGCCAGAUACAGGUGGUGUCGAGUGUGGAUCAACAUAAGAAAAAGGAAAAGGCGGAUCACACCCAGGAUGCAGAAACACAAACUCAGAGACAUACGGUGUGUCCUAAACUCAUUCCAAAGAUAAAGAGGACUGUUUCGGGACAGACCCUCAUUCCAUUAGAGUCAACCCUGAGGGAUCGCUGGCACAUCAAGGGUUUGAUUGGUCAUGGAGGAUACGGCGAGAUUUUUUAUGCAAUCGACGUCCGUAGUCGCGAAGAAGUGGCGGUCAAAGUAGAACCCAAGAAAAGAAAAGGGCGAACUGUGAAGCGAAUGAUCUUAGAACAGAAGGUUCUUCUCCGGCUUCAAGGAAGACCACAUAUACCAAAAAUGAUCGCUUCCGGACACGACAAUAAAAUCAAUUUCAUUGUGAUGCAGCUACUUAGUGUCAACAUCGGAGACCUCAAGAAAGCCAGUCCUGUGCGGCGGUUGGGAAGAAGUACUGUAGGAAGAAUCCUCCAGCAAGCUAUUGCCGGUCUGCGGGAUGUCCACCUAGGUGGAUACAUUCACAGGGAUGUGAAACCCGCCAAUAUGUGCUUCGGAAUUUCUCCACAGACUCGUCACGUGCUUAUACUCGUGGAUUUUGGACUUGUCCGCAGAUACAAAAACUUGGAUGGGACUGUUCGUCCUCUAAGAUCAAGAGCUGGAUUCAGAGGGACCGUUCGCUACGUUUCUAUACGAGUACAUGAACGCGUUGAUCAAGGACCAGCAGAUGAUCUCGUCUCCCUAGUUUAUUCAGGUUGGUUAGUAGGAUGCUUUGUUGUCGAACGUGAAGAAGCAUUUCAGUCAUGGUACAAGUACUGCAACACGUCUCAAAGUAUAAAGCGAUCAAAGGCAGUAGGAGAUCGCACUCUGCAGCACAGUCGGAUCACAGCACUCACGUCUAGUGCAUGGCAUUCUCCUAGUUUUAAACAAUGCGAGGCUGGUUCCCCGGAAGAUGCGGCGCCGCACAAGGCUGGUGCGCUCCAGUCGGACUCCCUGUAG